GAUGGGGCUGUAUUGUCGCACCUUUGUUCUGAUAAGGGGCCCUGCCCCCAUUGACAAAGUGCAAACGACUGGGAGGGCCGCAACAAUAUAAGGGGCCAGAGGAGUGUCAGAGGAACACUGUCUAUCUCUGGGUGACUUGUGCUACUGUGCUGCUGUUUUUAUUUUUUUGACUCAUGGAUUUCCUGCGCGCUUGUGUCCUUUGCACCGCUCUCUUCGGCCUCGCCGAGGCUUUUACGCACCAGGAUAUGAAGGACGCGCUGCUGCAGAAACUUGGCUUGGAUGAAGUUCCUAAGAUCCAUAAAAGGGAUUUGGAGAAUCUGGUUAUCCCGGCGCAUAUCAAAAAUAAGUACAUGUCCAUGCUGAAGAUGCACCACAGCAGGAGACGCAGAUCUCUGCCCAGCCUGGCCGGCAUCCUGAGGGGAAUCCCUGGCAAUGCAGAUAUUUCAGGGGAGUAUGUGUAUUCUGACACCACUCGGCAUCGCAUGGUGUUCGACAUGGAGGCGAGGGUUCCGGAUAACAGCGAGGUGACCAUGGCGGAGUUGAAGCUCUACCAGCGGACUUCCUAUCAGAAGCGCUUCGCGGUGGAGAGGAAGAACCACCGGCCCGUCAACAACGCCCGGGUCAGCAUCUACUGGGUGGAGGUGCAGCCAAACGGAUCCAACCGCACAUCACUGGUAGACUCACGGUUGAUACCCAUUCACGAGACCGGUUGGAAGAGCUUUGAUGUGACCCAGGCGGUGCACUAUUGGUCCAAGAGCCAGCAGAAGACACCUAUGCACCUGGAGGUGUGGAUCGAGGGCGAGAGACCUGGCAGCUACGCGGCCGAGAUGGCCAAGAGUGUCCGCUUUACCACCCAGGAGCAGACGGACAACACCUUGGGAAAGCCCGAGCUCAUCCUCUACACACUUAACCUCGAAGAAUACGGUUCUCGCGGCGACUGCGACCUCCACCAGAACAAAGACGCCUGCUGCAGGGAACAGUACUUCAUCAACUUCCGGGCUCUCACCUGGACGCAGUACUGGAUCAUCGAGCCGGCAGGGUACCAGGCGUUCAGGUGCACCGGCGGCUGCAAGCAGCCCAAGCGGAACUAUGGGUACGGGGAGAGGCGGUGCACGGUGUCCGAGAGCGCCCCGUUACCCAUCAUGUACCUGGUGAAGAAGGGGGACUACACUGAGAUAGAAGUGGCUGAAUUCCCCAAUAUGAUUGUCGAAAGGUGUGCAUGCACCAUGGACAACGUCUCCAUAGUAUGAAGUCGUCGAAAACAGCUGUAGUACUCGGGGGAUGUAGUAUAGGAGUAUUACAGUGGCUGUGUUUUUAAUUGGGGUGUUGAUAUACAGUAUUUAAGGGUUUCACACAACACGUCUAGUACUUUUUAUUUAAAUGGACAUUUCUUUGGAGUCCUCCUGCCAUCAAAGUCCAUCUCCUUCCACAAGCACUUUUAUAUAUUUUGUACAUUUUUAUAUC